CCUCUACUGUUGUCUAGAGUUAAGAUUUUUAAUCCAUAAACCAAAAAUUAGAGGACAAUUAACUGCUCAUUCUGACACCCUCAGUUCAGCAUGGGGGUGCUGGAAGAGCUCGGGAAUAAUUGUGCAGACCACUAAACCUACAAUGAUGCUGUACUCCUGUCUCCCUUUCUAAAGUGUUCUGGAACCUAGCGUUUGAAUUAGCCGAGUCAGGCAGGGAGGGGGCGGGGAGUCCUUCCGCCCUUCUUAGGAGGGGCUGCAUUGCAGGGGGAGACUGAGCAGACCGGCUCGGGCACCGAGGAGGCAGAGGGAGUGAGAAGACAAAGCCAUUGGAGCCUCAACAGCUUUGUUUUGUCUCCAGCACAGAGCAGAAACCGGAGCCCCCAAGGUACUCCCUCCAUCUUUUUGGAACACGCUAGUAAUUCAUAACAGGAAGUUAUGAGGGACCCUGUGAGUAGCCAGUACAGCUCCUUUCUUUUCUGGAGAAUGCCCAUUCCAGAACUGGAUCUGUCAGAGCUGGAAGGGCUGGGUCUGUCAGAUACAUCCGCCUACAAGAGCAAGGACAACAGCGCUGGCAAAAUGACUGAGCAAGCAACUGAUGCAGAGCUGAAGAAAAACCCUGAAGGUGAUGCCCUCCUUGAGUACAGCACCUUCAACUUCUGGAGAGCUCCCAUUGCCAGCAUCCACUCCUUUGAACUGGAUUUGCUCUAAACCCAACACUUCUUUCUCCACCACCUCGCCUUCAUUGCCUUCCUUUUCAAGCCCCUUCCUUUCCACAUUUUUCCCGUUAAUCUUGCUCUCUCCCCUUUAUUGUGUUGAGGUGGUACUAAUGAAUCUGCCAAAGUUGUGUCGUAUUUAUUUAUUUAUCUAUCUUCUCAAUUUCUCUCAAAAGCCCUUAAGCCACAAAGUAAAGGGUUCAAACAAUGGAAUUUUGGGCCACAGGGAUUCCUCCUUCCCCUGCUCCAAGAUAUUAAUUCCAGAAAACAGGCCUGAUGGAGGCACCAGAAAGUAAAAUAGUAGUGCAAAAUGGAGGGCUGAUUUUUUUUACUCCAUUUUGAUCAGCUUCAGAGAUUGCUCAAAACUUCCUAACUUCCUGCUCUAGGCAGUAAACACAAAUAUUUCUUCAAGGGUUGAUGAAAACCUUGGAAGUUGUGAGAUUCUCUGCUAGAAGAGUAGGAUUUUUAAAAGGCUAAGGUGAUAAGAGUCUUACUUUUUUAUCUUGCUUUCUUGUAAAUACACUUUUUCUCAGAGAAAUUGGGGUAUAGAACAAGAGGGAAUACAUCAUAAAAAAUGAAAAUACGGGAAAGAAGUGAGUCAUUUCAGAAACAGCUAAGUGUUCUCAAAAGAAUGUUCUUUCUUCAAGGAUACUCACUUUACAACUUUGUUCCUGGGUUGAAAACUGACUGUAGUUGAGGAAAAUUGCUAUUUCAAAUCUUAAGAUGCAAACUUGCUGACUAUUAUGAUAAUUUGUAAGGUUUUGAUUCAGUUUCUAAAAGGCAUUGGGUUUGGUCCUUCAUAUUAGUCUUGCCCUUCUGCAUUUACAAUGUAACAUACUGAUCGAUGGAUACAGUUCUUCAGCUACCUUGAGAACAUGAAGAAUCACAUUUUGAUCCUACACCUGUUCCCACUCUUUCCAAAAUUAUUGCUGAUGAAUUUGUGCUGCCAUUUAUUCAUUCCUUUAAUAAAGAUAUCCAAUCCCA